UUGCACAGGUUUGAAGAUGCUACGAUCGAUGCAGUGAAGUUGUCAUCGCAAUCAGAUGGUAGUGGUAGUGACGAUAGUUCAGGAGGACCCGUGUAUAGAAAAAACAAAAACAGAGCAUUCAACAUAUUUGCUGAACUUGAUGAUGACGAGGGCAGUAGAGAUGAAAGCGACAAUGAAAAUACGGAUAAAACUGUUGUUGUCGAAAGAAAGCCAGAACAAGGAAAGCAGAAAAACAAAAAUAAAGCUCAUGAGGUGAAGGGAACUUCGAAAGAAAAAGUACCGAUAAAAAGCAAGGAUGAAGGUAAAGGAAAAGGAAAAAAAGGCCAAAAGGUUCUGAAAGAAUACGAAGAUAUAGAUGCUUUGAUUGCUGAUAUUGAAAAACCUAAGGAAAAAGUAACUAAAGGAAAAAAAAAAGCAACUAAUAUUAUUGCACCCUCUGUGGGAGAAAGUCAAACUUCUGACGAUCCUAAACAGUCUUUUAUGGGCGAUAAAAAUUUAGUUGACAAUGUGGCUAAAACUAAAGAAGCAACUGCUAUGGUGUCAGAAACUGUCGCAGUACCUGAAACCGCAAUAUCUGAAGCUGUUGUAUCGGAAGCUGCUGCACCUGCUACUCAAGAUGUUCUGCAAAAAAAAAAGGAUAAACGGAAAAAGAAGAAAGCUGCGGCAGAAAAGGAAAAAGUUGCAGAGCCUGAUUCAGUUCCUGAAGAAAAUGCUGCCGCAUCAGAAAAUAAAUUGAGUAACAAAGAUGACGAUGAAGAAGUGGUAGAAAAGAAAAAAAAGAAAAAAGGUGAUGCAAAAAAAGAAGGAGACAAAAAGGAAACUAAAAGGAAGAAGCAUGUAUGUUGUGUGUCUUUGAUUCUGUGCUGCAAAUCAAGUUUUCAGGUUGAUUUGAUAAAAGAAAUACUGCGCAAGAGGCAGGAAGAAGAAGAAAGGAUAUUGAGGGAGCAAAAAGAAGAAGAAGAAAGAUUGCUUGCAAUACAAAAAGCAAAAGAAGAAGAAGAACGACUUGCUAAGGAGAAAAAAGAACGUGAGAAACAGAAGAAAAAAGAACGUGAUGAAAGGCUAAAAGCAGAAGGAAAGUAUAUGACUCCUGCACAAAAAGAAAAACUGAGGAGGCAGCAGGCUUUAUUAUCUAAUGCAAAUAUUAUACUUCCAAGUGCGUUAAGACGAGAAGGUGAAGAGGAAAUACCAACAAAACGUCCUGUAUACAGCAAAAGAAAACAAAAGAAAGGACCCAAGCAAGAAGAUAAAGUAUUUGUUGCUGAAAGCGUUGAUGCAUUAUCUCAGGAAUUUCCACUAGAGGAACAUCCUAAGGUCGUGAAACAAGAGGACCAAGAAAUACUUGACUCAUGGGAUGCAAUAAAUGAUGUUGUUGAUGAUUGGGAAAACAUACAUAUGGAAGAGGAGGAAAAACAUGAACCAAUACCAACCUCUGUAAAUUCGGCAGUGCAGGAAAUUGUUACUAAAGAUAAGGUUAAGGUGUUUGAGAUAGUCCCAGCUCAGUCAGCAAUAUUGAAAACAGACCAGAUUAUUGAUGCGGAAGAAGAAUCUUCCUCAUCAGAGGAAUCUGAUGAGGAAGAAGAGGAAAGCAGUGAUGAGGAAGAAGAAAAUCAUGAAAGUAAAGAGCAGCUGAGAGAAAGAGUUUACGCACGUCUUAAGAAACGUCGUGAAGAAGCUGAAAGCAAGCGUUCGUUAGACAAUCUGCGAUCGCCUGUCAUUUGUGUAUUGGGACAUGUCGAUACAGGCAAAACGAAAAUGUUAGAUACGAUACGGCGUACUAAUAUACAAGAAGGAGAAGCUGGAGGGAUUACACAGCAAAUUGGUGCUACACAAGUUCCAGCUGCUGCAAUCAUUGAACGUACAAGAAUGGUGAAAGAUUUUAAUGGAAACGAAAUAAAAAUUCCUGGCUUUUUGAUUAUUGACACGCCUGGUCAUGAAAGCUUCUCGAAUUUGCGAUCUAGAGGUUCUUCUUUAUGUGACUAUGCGAUAUUGGUCGUUGAUAUAAUGCAUGGACUUGAACAACAAACUUUAGAAUCACUAAAGUUGUUAAGGAAAAAAGGAACGCCAUUUGUAAUCGCAUUGAAUAAAAUUGAUCGUUUGUAUGAAUAUGCUUCCAAUCCGCGAAAAGAUGUUUAUCAGCAUUUGAAGUCACAACCAAUCAACACUCAAUUGCAGUUCAAAGAACUUAAAGACAAAAUUGUCGUGCAGUUUGCUGAGCAAGGAAUAAAUGUUAGUCUAGCAAACGAGAAUCCAGAUCCAAACGAAUAUAUUAGUAUUGUUCCAACAUCCGCAUUUCUUGGUGACGGUGUUGGUAAUUUGAUGGCUCACAUUGUUUAUGAAUGUCAGAACAGGCUUGCUGAAAAGCUGGCGUAUUGCGAAGAACUUGAUUGUACUGUAAUGGAGGUCAAAUCUCUUCCGGGAUUAGGGACUACAAUAGAUGUUAUAUUAGUUAAUGGUUCGUUGAAAGUUGGUGAUAUAAUUGUCUUAACGAGUACCGAUGGUGUCAUCAUCACACAGAUUCGCGAACUUUUAAUGCCUCAGCCUUUGAAAGAGUUGCGAGUCAAAAAUGCUUAUGAACAUUACCAAAUGAUAAAAGGUGCACAAGGAGUUAAAAUACUAGCUAAGAAUUUGGAAAAAGCACUUGCUGGUUUGUCGUUAUUUGUUGCAAAUAGAGAAGACGAGCUGCUUGUACUCAAGUAUGUUACUAAUCAAUUUAGAGAGGAAUGUGAGGCUCAGUUGUCUAAAGCUCUUAUGGCCAUUAAAAAAAAACCGGAGGGCGUCUAUGUUCAAUCCAGUACUCUGGGAUCACUGGAGGCUUUACUGGAAUUUUUGAGGGCUCAGAAAAUACCAUAUUCGAAUUUCAAUAUUGGACCAGUUCACAAAAAGGAUGUGCAGAAAGCAGCAGUAAUGUUGGAAAGGAAGGAAGAAUAUGCUUGCAUACUCGCAUUUGAUGUUCGGGUUGAUCGUGAGGUAGAGCAGUUUGCUGCCAAUGAAGGUGUCCGUAUUUUUUCGGCUGAUAUCAUAUAUCAUCUGGAAGACAGUUUUUUAAAGUACAGGGAAGAGUUGAGAAUGAAACGUCGGAGAGAUAAUGAACAUUUGGCCAUUUUCCCGUGUAAAUUAAGAAUUCUUCCACAGCAUAUAUUUAAUGCCCGUAAUCCUAUUGUUAUUGGUGUGUCUAUUGAAGCUGGACAGUUAAAGCGAGGUGUUCCAUUGUGCGUCCCAUCUAAAGAUUCGAUAAUUCUUGGCAAUGUCUCAAGUAUUGAAAGGAACCAUGAACAAGUUGAGAUAGCCCGAACUGGUGAAGAAGUGUGCAUAAAAAUAGAAAACACAACCGGUGAAGCACCAAAACUUUAUGGAAGACAUUUUACUCAUGAAGACACGUUAGUGAGUCGAUUAUCGCGUGAAUCGAUAGAUGUCUGUAAAGCUCAUUUUCGAGAUGAUUUAUCGAAAGCGGAUUGGCAGCUGGCUGAAUUGCGGACAAACUUGAAAUAUUUAUUUGGAUUUUUUGUGGUGUCUUUUAUUAGUUUAGCUGCUUCGAUUUUUGCUAAAAUGUUCAACUGUCGUAAGACUUUGUUGCAAUAUUUGAAUAUAUCAUUGAGGUUAAUUAUUGCUACAAUAUUUAUUUAUAUGUUGUCUGUUAUAUUCUUUCAAAUUUCACAUGUUCCACAUUUGGAAAAGAUUCAAUGUACUUCAAAAGAAGUUGCAAAGUUGAGAAAAAUGUACGAUCUUUGGCCGCCUUAUCGUCAUUUUUUAUUUUAUUUCAUCUACUGCAGUAUUCUUUGCCUCACUGAAAGGUAA